UCUACAAGCGACAAGAGCGUUACAAGAAUCAGGACUAAACCACUCGGAUUUGGAUUUACUCUCGCGCUGUUUCGGCGACGCUUUCCUAGCGGAAUCUAUCAUUUGCAGUUUCAAUCGAGGCGUUUGGAUUUGCCUACUAUUGAUUAUUUUGACAACAUCAUGACUCUGGAAGAAGUCGUUGGAUGCAAUAUUACUGAUAAAAAGAUGGAUGCUGUGAGUCAAGCCUUAGAGGAGCUGCUGGUAGCAGCACAGAGACAAGACUGCCUUACUGUCGGCGUUUACGAGUCUGCAAAGCUCAUGAAUGUAGAUCCAGACAGCGUGGUUCUGUGCGUGCUGGCCACGGAUGAAGAGGACGAGGACGAUAUUGCUCUUCAGAUUCAUUUCACUCUGCUGCAAGCUUUCUGCUGCGAGAACGACAUCAACAUCCUGCGCGUGUCCGGGCUGAGACGCCUGGCGCAGGUGAUCGGAGAGCCAAGCUCCAAUGAGAGCAACAAUAACGGCGAACCAAGAGAUUUCCACUGCAUCCUUGUCACUAAUCCUCAGUGCCAACCACUCAAAUGCCAAGCGCUGAAGGAGGUGGGCAACUACUGCGAUGAGAGCCGAUGCAGGAACCAGUGGGUGCCUUGCCUGUCACUGCGCGAGCGCUGAAGCACGGCUAGAUCUGCGAUCGCGCGGAAAAUCAUACCAAACCGUUUGGUUCUGUGAGGAGCGGAAAGAAAAAGAAAGAAAGAAAGAAAGAGGCGAAGGGGGGCUUUUUCUUUUUACCGCUCUGUGUCAGCCACCGUUCAGCAGAGACGCUGGAGGAAACAGAAAGGAAAGUUCCUCGGGGCUGACGUUGGGCUUCGCGGCCCAGUUUCGUCCUCCGCUAUGAGGGAGCGUUGUUUUGCGGUGGUGAAGAAGAAAGAGGAGGAGGAGGUGGAGAGAAGAGAACCGUAGGACCACGCUGUGUGUGUGUGUGUGUGUGUAGGGGGGACUAAAUGCGCGCUGCGUAGGAACGCGCGCACUCGGCUUUACAUGAGCCAUGGACAGAAAUCGAGAGAGAAAGAGACUGUCCGGCCUUGUAGAAACCUAGAUGUAGGACACCUGCUGCUGGACUUCAUUGCUUAAAAUUGCAAUUUCUCAUUUGUUGGACUAACAUCUUUGAAACAUGUUAUGUACAAUGUAUGCUACUAUAUAGACAUGUGGACUUUCAGCUGCUUUUUUUUUAAUGACUGCAAAGAGGCCAGUGUUAGAAGACAUGUCAGUGUCUGAGUCACUGUGGACAUACAUACUAUGAAAUGCUGUUUUGUAACUUAUUUCCCAUAACUUAAAAAGAGUAAUAUAUGUGCUUGAACAUCAUGUGAACGUCAAUGCUGUUUCAAUAAAUUAUUGUUUGAAAAUGAA